AUGUCAGGACCGAGGCCCGUGGUGCUGAGCGGCCCCUCCGGCGCCGGGAAGAGCACCCUGAUGAAGAGGCUGAUGAAGGAGCACGAAGGCAUCUUCGGCUUCAGCGUGUCACAUACGACGAGGAACCCUCGGCCGGGGGAGGAAGACGGCAAAGAUUACCACUUCACAACGAGAGAGGCCAUGCAGGAGGGCAUCGACAACGGAGAGUUCAUCGAGAACGCCGAGUUUUCUGGCAACUUUUAUGGAACAAGCAAAGCCGCCAUAGAGGACGUACAAGCCCAGAACCUGAUCUGCAUCCUGGACGUGGACAUCCAGGGGGUGAGGAGGAUCAAAGAGACCGACCUGAACCCCAUCUACAUCUCCAUCCAGCCCCCAUCCAUGGAGAUCCUGGAAAAGCGUCUGAGGGACCGACAGACGGAGACAGAGGAGAGUUUACAGAAGCGUCUGGAGGCGGCUCGCAUCGACAUGGAGCUCAGCAAGGAGCCCGGAGUGUUCGACGUUGUUAUCAUCAACGAUGACUUAGAGAGGGCUUACGAGGAGCUGAAAGAAAUCCUCAAUGAAGAAAUCCAAAAAGUUCAGGAGGCCAAAUCAUAG